AUAUGAACAGCAGACUAUCAACUACACACGAUUCCCAAACAUCUCAACAACAAGAUACAAAUUCGUCGUUCCAAGACGAUUUUCCGAAUACCAACACCUCGUAUACGACAAAUUUUUCUACUCCAUUGUCGGACUUUCAUGGUUUUCCCAACUCGGAAGAGAAUAAUGGUAAUGGAGAUUUAAUUCCUCGAGAUCAGGAUGUAAUUCUAGAAGAUGGAAGUAUGCAAGAAGACCCAGGAUACCAAGGAAGAGGAUCAUAUUUUCACCAUGACAGAUCCUAUGCGAGGGAAGAAUUGUUAUGUAUUGAUCUGGCAUCAUGAACAUAUGAUCAUUAUGUGCAUGAUAU